GAGUGGAAUUUUCAUGACUGCCAACCCCAGCAAGGAAUUAUUACCGAACCUCCUAAGAAGUGAGUGUGCCCUUUGUGUGUUUAUCCGUGCUUUGUUGUGCGUGUGUGCCAUGUGACCUAUUUUUAGACCGGCAGGAGGCCAUUUGGAGCAUCGUUUCCCACUAGUUGAAGCUGAUGUCGCCCAUUUUGACACGAUCCACCCACCUAGGGCCGUCUAGUGGCCGUUAGUGGCGGUCUUGCUAGGCUUAGAUCGAUCUGUACACGAUGUCUUAACUUUCUGAUGAGCUGUAGCUACUGUGUAUGGCUAGCGGAGGAGGAACCCCACCCUCCCACCUCUCCAUACCUCAGCUCCCCAACAACUUUCCCUCGGCUGCGGACACUCUAAAAACUCCACAGUUGACACUCACUCCUGUCACAAGCAUCAACUCAGCUGUUGAUGGUGGUGGCAAGUCGUUCACCAGUCUGGAGGAGCUCCUGAACAUCACGGGCAUCAAUACUCCUACAGGGAGCAGACCAGACAAUGGAGUCUCCAGUCUGAGCAGGAUAGCACAGGCAGUGGAGAACAGUCAGAAUGCAGGUCCACAAGGGGACCUACCUCCUGCCAAGAGGCCACGUCUUGAGCUACCCUCAAACACCAACAUCCGUGUGCAACCUUUGACCUCUCCCAGCGUCACUAUCGCCUCUCUGCUCCACAAACCCUCUAUUGCUAAUCACACUGGCUCUAAUAUUCCUACUACAAAUUUCAAUCCCACCAACACUCCACAAUCGAUCAACUCCACAGUAGCCCAGGCUCUGUCUGCCUUAACACAUGUAUUGUCAGCUAACUCCUCCUCCAUUAAUGCAACUCUCUCUCAAGCUGUCAGUACUCAGCCUACAAUCGUGUCCGUUAUCCCGUCUCUCAUGCAGAGCCCGGCCACUUCCCCCACUUCAAGCAACCCAAAGUCAUUCCUAUUGCAGCUGGUGCAACUCUACAAACACUACCAAAAUACAGGCGAUUCUGAUGGUAUGGAAAGGAUCAAAAAGCAACUGAACGUUCUAGUGACUGCCACUCAAGGUCGUAACCAACCAUCGAACCCGCUACUAGGAGCACUCUCAAUGCUAUCAGGCCCGUCUACUACUGUACAGCAGCAAGUGUCCAGUGGUGCUAAUUCAUUGAUAAAUAGGACCCAGACUACUAGUACAGUGUUAGCUGGGACCACGGUUAGUAGGCCCAAUAUGCAUGUGCCACCUUCACUGUUGAGCAGUACCCAGUUGAGGACGAUACCCUCCAACUCUCGACCCCAGGCUGCAGUCACUACUGGCAUGACCGCCACUCGUGCUACUAACCCCUCCCCUCAAGCCACUACGAGCACAGCACUUGCAGAGCAAAUCUCAGUGCAACAGAAGGCGGUGAAGCAGCUUCAGACGAUAAUGGCCUCUCUCCCUGUGUCUAGUCGACCCAAGACAGCACAGGAGAUCAGAGACUUUGUUCAGAAGUACAGCAACCUCAUCACUCAGUUACAAUCCUCCACACCAUCCACCACCACCUCCGCUCAAUCUACAAAAACCCAACAAAAUCCUGUAACAACACUACACGGCUCUGUUGUCGUGCCGAUGAACUUUGGACCCUCCCCGGCCCAAACCACCACCACAGCCAACUCCACAGCAGCAUCGAUCUCAACCACUGCCAUGGCUCAAGUCGACCAACAUUUCCAAACUGCUCUUACUGCUGUGAAGAAUAAAUCAACGCUACCUACGAAGCCACCGGCUGUGGUGGAUCUGACCACGGACACUGACUCGGCUAGUACUGUUAAUGCUCCAAUCACCACUCAGUUUAAAGCUACCCCUAAGGCUACUAAAGCAACGACUGGUAUACAAGCCGGUGUGGCUACUCCAUUACCCCCCGGGCUUACACUCGAGACUCUAGCCGUGCUGUGUCGACUACCAGAGUCUGAACUAGGGAAGUUGAAGCUGCCGGUUGGAUUGCUCUCUGCCAUCAAGGUCUGGAAGGAGAAGCAACCAACCAAGAAAGGAGGGUCCCCUCAUACUAAGACAAGCAGUAGCAGCAACAUCCCCAUACUCUACCCUCCCUCAUCUAUGUCUGGCCCCUCCCACUUGUUGAAAACUCCGACAGCCAUAAAAGUCGGUGAAGCUCUCUCUCUGACCUCUACCAUGAGUGAUUUCAAGCAGCCGUUUGUGAUUCCCAGUGGUGCAGGGUUUCCCCCUCGCUCCCUGCAUGCCUUUGUCCCGGGACUGGGUCAAAGUCGCUCUGCCAUGACCUCCACAGCUGCCAAGCUCUUCCCAACAGCUGCCACACCACACAGGCCCAGUGUGACGCUGGGUAGACCACCCUCCCAUCACAUGACCCGGGUGAGGACCAAGGCAGAACAGGAGAAGGCAGAGAGAGAGAGGAUACAAGCACUCACAAAGGCUCUGCAGUCGUCAGAGGAGGCAAGGAUAGCGUUCAGGUUCAAUACCCACCUGGACAAGAUGCACUCACAAUUGUUAGCCCCCGACACCACCACCUCCUUUGCCAACAAACAGGAUGUCCUCUCGAGACUCCUCCCCUAUCACGUCUAUGCCCAAUGUGAGCCACCUGUUGCGGCUGUCGAGAAAGCUGACGCUGUGUUUGAGAGCGUGGCUCAAGUGCUGCUCUCACGGAGUAGGGGACUACAGAGCAGGUUCCAACAGCUGCUGGCCAAGACUGACUCACGGGGUGGAGAGGAUGCUGGAGUAAUGGACCUAGAGCUGAGGCGCUGCUUUGUGCAGGGAGAGCGAGAGAGAGUAAAACAAGAGAAGCUACAGAAACAGCAAGCAGAGCAAGUGGCUGCAAAUCUGAGCAUGAUGGUAAAGGCCGAUGGUGUGGACACGUUUGAUUCCGAGUUCUCUCUCAGUGAUGCUUUCUUCCCGUUCCUUGACAACGGGAUCACAUGACAUUGACCACACCCACUAACGAACAGUGACUCUAUAGAUACAUUGAUUGUGUAGUGACCAGCGCUAAGCCUCUCUGCUGGUAUAAUAAUUGUAGAGGUGUUUGUACUUUUAUUGUCAAUGUGUAUAAUCAAAUCACCUUAUACGACUUUAAUAUUUAUUGUGUUCAUUGACGAAACAUUAAUUUAUGAUGACAUUUUCUUACAAAACAUUAAUUUGCAA